UCCGGGACCGUUACACGCUGCUUCCCCCUCGCGCCCCGCGACCGCCCCGCUGCCGGCAGCGGGCUCGGGGGCCCCCGGCCGCGCCGCCGCCCUCCGGCCCGGGCGGGGACGCCGAGCCCCGCGGGGAGCGGCGGGGGAGCGGCCGCCGCCCGCCCGGCCGCGGCAGCCCCAACUCCGAAACUUGUUACCUGCGCGCUACCCCGGGCGGAGCGGGGCCUCCCCCCGGCCCCGCGGGCGGGAUCGCCCCGCCGCCCGCCCGGGAGCGCCUCUGCCGCCCGCCGGAGGUUCCCCCCCGCUCGCCCGGCAGCGGGCCGGCUCCUCGCCCCCGGCGGGCGCUGGCCUUUCGGGGGGCGGCGGUGGGGGACGCCGGCCGUCCCCGAGGGGGCACGCCCGGGAGCACAGGCGGGGGAGGCACCGCCGCCGCAGCGGGCAGCGAUUCGCGCGGGGGCAGCGGCAGCGCAGCCGCCCCGGGCCGGCGCCCCCGCUCCGCGCCCGCUCCGCGCCUCCCCGCCCCGCCGAGAGUUGGUGCCCGGCGGCCGCGCUGCCGCCCCGCCGGGCCGGUGGGGAAGGGAGGGCUGCGCCCGGGCGGCGGGGGCGGGCGGCGAAGUUUCUUCCCUUCCCUCUGGCUUCGGAGUCACCAAUUACAACAAUGUGGUAGAAGCAAACUCAGAUUCAGAUGAUGAAGAUAAAUUGCAUAUAGUGGAAGAGGAAAGUGUAACAGAUGCAGCAGACUGUGAUGCUAGUGUGCCAGAAGAUGACUUGCCAACGGACCAUAUAGUAUUACCAGAAAACAGUGAAAGAGAAGGGAGUACAAACAGUUGCUGGGAAGAUGAAGCUGGAAAAGAAAGAAAGGAAAUCCUGGGGCCUGAAGCUCAGACAGAUGAAAUUGGAUGUACAGUUAAAGAAGAUGAAUGUGAUUCUGAUGCAGAAAAUGAGCAAAACCAUGACCCUAAUGUUGAAGAAUUCCUUAAACAAGAAGAUACAGCUGUUAUCUACCCUGAAGCACCUGAGGAGGACCAGAGACAAGGCACACCAGAAGCUAGUGGUCAGGAUGAAAAUGGAACACCUGACGCGUUUUCCCAGCUGCUCACCUGCCCGUACUGCGAUCGCGGGUACAAGCGUUUUACCUCCCUGAAGGAACACAUCAAAUACCGCCAUGAGAAGAACGAGGAUAACUUCAGCUGCUCCCUGUGCAGUUACACGUUCGCCUACAGGACGCAGCUCGACCGCCACAUGACAUCACACAAAUCAGGAAGGGAUCCAAGACAUGUGACGCAGUCCAGCGGUAAUCGAAAGUUCAAGUGCACUGAAUGUGGAAAAGCUUUUAAAUACAAACAUCACCUAAAGGAGCACCUACGAAUCCACAGUGGAGAGAAGCCAUAUGAGUGCCCAAACUGCAAGAAACGUUUUUCCCAUUCUGGUUCAUACAGUUCACACAUAAGCAGUAAGAAGUGUAUUGGUUUGAUGCCCGUGAAUGGUCGAGCCCGGUCAGGGCUCAAGAUGUCUCAGUGCUCCUCCCCCUCCCUUUCUGCAUCACCAGGUAGCCCAGCAAGACCACAGAUACGACAAAAGAUAGAAAAUAAACCCUUGCAAGAGCAGCUUCCUCUUAACCAAAUUAAAACUGAACCUGUGGAUUAUGAAUUCAAGCCCAUAGUGGUUGCUUCAGGAAUUAAUUGUUCAACCCCUUUGCAAAAUGGGGUUUUUAGUGGUGGUAGCCCAUUGCAGGCAACCAGUUCUCCUCAGGGUGUGGUGCAAGCUGUUGUUCUACCAACAGUAGGUCUGGUGUCUCCCAUAAGCAUCAAUUUAAGUGACAUUCAAAAUGUACUAAAAGUGGCAGUGGAUGGUAAUGUAAUAAGGCAAGUACUGGAAAACAAUCAUGCUAAUCUUGCAUCCAAAGAACAAGAAACAAUCAACAAUGCAUCUAUACAACAAGCUGGCCAUUCCCUCAUUUCAGCUAUCAGUCUUCCUUUGGUUGACCAAGAUGGGACAACCAAAAUUAUCAUCAACUACAGCUUGGAGCAGCCAAGUCAACUUCAGGUUGUUCCACAAAAUCUAAAAAAAGAAAACCCUGUUCCUGCAAAUAGUUGCAAAAAUGAGAAACUACCAGAAGAUCUCACAGUGAAGUCUGAGAAAGAUAAGAACUUUGAAGGAGAGACCAACAAUAGCACUUGUCUUCUUUGUGAUGACUGUCCAGGAGAUCUUAAUGCACUUCAAGAAUUAAAGCACUAUGAAACAAAAAGCCCUCCUCAGCUUCCCCAGCCCAGUGGACCAGAAGCUGAGAAACCCGAGUCCCCUGUCCCAUCAGAAACCGGGGAGAACAACUUGUCUCCUGGUCAGCCACCUUUGAAGAACCUUCUGUCGCUCCUGAAAGCGUAUUAUGCAUUAAAUGCACAGCCAAGCGCAGAAGAGCUUUCAAAAAUAGCAGAUUCCGUAAACCUACCACUGGAUGUGGUAAAAAAGUGGUUUGAAAAAAUGCAAGCUGGACAAAUUUCUGUGCAGUCUUCUGGACCAUCUUCUCCUGAACAAGUUAAAUUAAGCAGUCCCGCAGGUAACGAUGAUCAAGCAGCAACUACAAAUGUGAGUGAACCCCAGAACAGCACAAAUAACUCGCAAAAUCCUGUCAGUACAACGAAAUCUCAGACUUUACCAGGGGCUUCAACUCUGAAUGGGUCACACAGUAGCACGCCAUCUGCAUCACCACUAAACCUUUCUUCAUCAAGAAAUUCACAGGGUUACACGUACACGGCAGAGGGUGUACAAGAAGAGCCACAAAUAGAACCUCUUGACCUUUCGCUACCAAAGCAACAUGGAGAACUGUUGGAAAGAUCUACCAUAACUAGUGUUUACCAGAACAGUGUUUAUUCUGUCCAAGAAGAACCUUUGAACUUAACUUGUGUAAAAAAAGAACCACAAAAGGACAACAGUAUUACAGACUCUGAUCCUAUUGUAAAUGUAAUCCCACCAAGUGCCAAUCCCAUAAAUAUUGCUAUACCUACAGUCACUGCCCAGUUACCUACAAUUGUUGCCAUUGCUGACCAGAACAGUGUUCCCUGCUUGAGAGCUCUCGCUGCCAAUAAGCAAACCAUUUUGAUUCCACAGGUGGCUUAUACAUACUCUACUACAGUUAGUCCUGCAGUUCAUGACACAGCACCAAAACAGACCCAAGCCAAUGGAAAUCAGGAUGAAAGGCAAGACACUAGCUCAGAAGGAAUAUCCAAUGUAGAAGAUCAAAAUGAUUCUGAUUCAACACCCCCAAAGAAAAAGAUGAGAAAGACAGAAAAUGGAAUGUAUGCAUGUGAUUUGUGUGACAAAAUAUUCCAGAAGAGCAGCUCAUUAUUGAGACAUAAGUAUGAACACACAGGUAAAAGACCUCACGAGUGUGGAAUCUGUACGAAAGCGUUCAAACACAAACACCAUUUGAUUGAGCACAUGCGACUGCACUCUGGGGAGAAACCCUACCAAUGUGACAAGUGUGGGAAGAGGUUUUCCCACUCGGGCUCUUACUCUCAGCACAUGAACCAUCGCUACUCGUACUGCAAGCGGGAGCCGGAGGAGCGCGACAGCGCCGAGCCCGAGGAGCUGGGGCUGGGGCUGGGGCUGGGCGCCGAGGCGCUGGGCGGGGAGCGCGCGGCCGCCACUGCCUCCCCCUCGCAGAUCGACUCGGAUGAGAGGGAGAGCCUCACCAGGGAGGAGGAGGAAUACAGUGAAAAAGAGGAGGAGGAGGAGGAAGAAAAAGACAUAGAGGGACUUCAGGAAGGAAAAGAAUGUGGGGAACUACAAGAAGUUGGGGAUGCAGAAGAAGCAGCGGCAGUAGAAGAGGAAGAAGGGAAAGCUGAAGGUGACAAGAACGAUGAAGUUGUAAAUCAAGCAAGCAAUGCAGAACCGGAUGUUAUACAAAAUAAUGGGCAGGUGUCGGAAGAAAAUAAUGAAUAAAGCUUACAUGCUAGGUUUUUUCUAUAAGGAAAAAAAAAUUGGUAAUGAAGUUCCUUCUAUAUUAUACAUGCUUUUCAUGGAAACGCAGUAGCAUACUGUGAUUUCUGUUCACUACUGUGUAAAAAAAUAUAUAUAUAAAAAAAUGAAAAGAAAAAAAAAAAAAAAGAAAUCCAGGUGUGCCUGAACCUCAAACUUAGUAAUUUUUCACACAGUUUUCAAAGUUAGGAACAAGUUUAUAACAUGAAGCAGAUUAGAAAAAUACAGUGACUCUGGAAGCAAAGAUUUAACAGGUUGUAGGAAACCUGAUUAUUAGACAAACAUCUGGCAUUGUUUGUUUUAUCAGUAUUAAUUUUCAUUCUUAAGUUGAUUAAUUUUUAAACUGUACAAUUGGGAGAGAUUUAUAUGAUUUUUUUUUAUGGUAAAACAUUUCCUAAAUCCACUUCAGUAUUUUUCUUAUGUUUUACAAUGUGAGAACUUCUGCACUACAAAAUUCCCUUUUGCAGAGACGUGUAAUGCAGUUGCAAACAGUGCUUGGCUACCUUUGUAAAUUCAACCUAGAAGGUAGCAGUUUAUGACAUUAGAUGUUGUAGUAGAGCAUAUUAUCAUUUAAAGUGUAUUGUUAGCCUUAAGAGAGAAGAUGAUAGAAGAACUGAAGUUUCUUACUCAUGUGGUUAAAAAUGUAGUUGAGAAGAUUGUCGUUGGGUUCUGAUUGCAGGGACUAACAGUGUUAAUACUGGUAAGGACAGGAAAGUUGUCAAAAACAGUGUUUGUAAUUGUGUUUUGAGUAUGUAGUAACAAUAUGAAGGAUAUGAUAUGAAGCUUUGUAUCUCCUUUGGCCUUAUGCAAGACCUAUGUGCUGUAAGUGCCAUUUAUCAGUAUUACAAAGGCUCUAAGCAGCCUUUAUCCAAUGUGUGGCCUACAAUAACUAGCAUUUGUUGAUUUGUAUCAAACUUCUAAACUAUUCAUGGGGAAAAAACACUCAGCCAUCAGAGAAGUAAGAACACUGGUAUAUUUCAUUAUUUAAUUAUUUGGUGGUAUUUUGGUUUAAUACCUGACUUGCAGAAUUUCUCUACAAUAAUUACAAGGGAAAUUUUCUAAUCUGCUUUAUUGCUUUAUUGGUUUACUUUAAUUUCAGACACAUACAUGACAUGUUAUCUGGCUCAUAAGUAUUUUCAAAUGUUAGUUAUUAUGGACCCCAUUUAUUAACAAUGUUAGCUGAUUUUUACCUAUCAGUAUUAUUUUAUUUCUUUUAGUUUAUAGAUCUGUGCAACAUUUUGUACUGUAUGUCUUCAAACCUGGCAGUAUUAAUACCCUUCUUACUGACAUAUGUACCUUUUUAGUUUUAGAAAACUUUUAUAUUUAUGUGUCUUAUUUUUAUAUUUCUUUAUUUAUUACACAGUGUAGUGUAUAAUACUGUAGUUUGUAUUAAUACAAUAAUAUAUUUUAGUAUGAAAAUUUGGAAAGUUGAUAAGAUUUAAAGUAGAGAUGCAAUCGGUUCUCUUGCAUUGAGAUUUGAUUUAACAGUGUUAUGUUAACAUUUAUACUUGCCUUGGACUGUAGAACAGAAGAAUUAAAAUGGGAAUGUAUUAAUUUUACAAUUGCAAUCAAUUCAUUUUACCUUUACCCAGUUUUUAAUAUAAAGCUCUUAAAUUUUGAAAUUCACUGUGUGACUAAUAGCAUGAUGCUCUGCAGUUUUAUUAAGAGAUUAGUCUAACCAUAAAACUCUCAUUUCCUUAGUAAGCCAAAUUAGAAUAAUCUUAUAAAACAGUGUUGGGAACAAUGUUUAACAUUUUUGUGCCAAUUUGUUCCUGUAUUCAUGUGUGUAUGUUACAAAUCUGAAACUUCAUUUUUAAGUUCCUUGUUACAUCAUGGUCAUUUUCUAGUUUUUUACCAGACUCCCCAUCUCACAAUAAAAUGCGUCAACAAGUCUGA